GGGUCUGUCCGGUGAAGUACGGACAGUCAGUAAAGUACGGACAUGUCUUUAAAAAGACAGGUGUUUUUUCCACACGUCAUCGUAUCACGCGCGAAUAACUUCCGUGUUUUUCAAGUACAUUUGGUGUUUUGAUUACGCACACGUUUACUAUUGACCAAUCACAUGGAGACAAAACAACGCAUGCGUAUUGAAGAGACCACCACUUCCUUUGCUUACGUCACACAAAGUUGCUUAAGCGCGAAUUUUAAACCUGCAGUUGCAUCAUUAAAUUCCAAGGUAUACAUGCAUUGGAGCUUUGUAUAAAUGUAUUUACUUUGAAAAAUAUCGUUCUAAUUUUAAAAUAAAAGUCAGAAUUACGAUAAUGAAAGUGAUUUUACCCUCAAAAUAUAAAAAAUAAAAAGUGUCCGAACUUUCCCGUCUCUUUUGCAUGCCUGAAAACUACGGACAUGUGAUUUAACCAUGUCACGUGAAACACAAAUUAGAUCAAUAAUUUUAUUGUUGUUGUUUUUUUCAAUUCAAUUAAUAUGCAUUAUUGAUUUGCAACAGAAUAUAAAAGACAUGCAUAAGAAAGCUAAAACCUAUUUAUUUGUAGAUGUUAAUGAUUUUUCCCUAAUCCAUUUUUAUAAAAUUUAUUUCACAUUGUAGAAAAACCGGUAAAAAUGGCACGGAGGGUGAACAUUCUGUCCAUAAUAAGUCUCCGUGAAUCAAAUGGAUGUUGGUUGCAAAAUGUGGAGCAAAAACAUCGACUGCUUAGCGAUUUGGAAGACCUGUUUUUAAAAGAAACUGUGUAUUCACACCCUCUGAUAUGUGUUCUUUUUAAAAGAAUGAUUGAAAUCUUAGACUCUAACCCUUUAUAUGUGCAUAUUAUGGCAACAUCUCUUCAGGAUAUAAGAAACAAUCUUUUUACAGAUGAUAUGAGUAUUGUUUGGUUGGCGCAUAAAUUUGGCCGUUUAAUUAAAGAUGAGCACAUCUUACUGUUGGUGGAAACCAUUAAAGAGGAAACCUUGUAAAACGAUAGUGAAAUUAUUAAAACUGAACAAUAUAUCUAUGCCUUUUUAUAUUAUAAGUUCAUUGUUUUGUUGCUUAAAGUGUUGCCACAUUAGUUAUUAUGUAAAAGAAUGCCCUAACUGCUUAAAUCUUAUUGACAAGACAAAUUUAUCCUUUCUUUUAUAAUAAGUGUUCACUUGGUUAAAUUAAAAGACUUAACACAUGUUAUAAAAUUCAAUAGGCAAGUUAAUCUCUGUUUUAAUGAAAAUACAUAGAGGAUAUUGAAUGAGUGUAAGUUCAAUACUGAAUUUAUUGCACGAGUUGAAUAAAAUUAUGUUAUGCAAGCCUCUGGCGAGCAUAAUUUUAUUUUAUUCAACGAGUGCACUAAAUUCAGUAAUGAACUCACACUAAUUUAAUAUUCUUUUUAUCUCAUACCCAAUAUAAAGACCGUUUAAAAGUGAAAAAGAGUCAUUUUUCAAUUCAAAAAUGACGUGUCUAUAGUAUAACGCUUACAUUCAGCGCGUCUUCACAAUGUUUGUAAAACGCUAAUGAAGUCUCGUUAAAAUAUGCACGGCCGUGCAAUACCAUUUUUACGGAGUCGCAAAAUUGGCACGAGUGUGUAAUAAAAUAAGUUAUUGAAUUCCUUGGACAGAGUGACAAACGUGACACUUCCUUUUUUACAAUGAUUAUAUACGUCUAACACCUGCCAGCACCUGUCGUAACCGUGCCCAGAAAAAUUAAAGCUAGUCUCAUAUAGGGUCAAAGCACAUCUAAAAGUGUCAUUGAUGUAAUACUCAAGAAAUGAAUGCGUUUCAUAAUAUAAUUGUUAACUUUUGAUUCCACAAAGUAUUAUCUGGACUAAGUAUGAUUAAAAACAUGAAAUAUGAAUACCAACCUCGUACAUGGAUAUUUCACCAAGAAAAGAUACACAGAUAUCGUACACUGUAAACCUCAAAACCCCUAAGAAAUUAACAAGCACGCACAAACACGAAUGUUUUCUCUUUGCCGUUUUUAUCCGGUGUAACAAUAUUGAAUAUUAUAAUAAAAUAAUAAACCCUUUUUCAGUAUGCCAAGAAAGUGGGUUUAUACGAAGAGGGGUAAAACCCAACUUUAUAAUAAAACAUCAUUAGAUGAUGCUGUUAAUGCCGUGAAAGAGGGUAUGUCUAUUAGACAGGCUGCUAAGCAUUUCAAUGUACCAAAGUCAACCAUAGGAGAUAGAAUUAGCGGAAAACACGAAUUACAUGUCCCUAACGGCCGCCCUCCCCAUAUACCUAAAGCCAUUGAAGACAAGAUUGUUGAUGCGGUAAAAAUGGCAGCCCGUCGAGGCAUUGGGCUUACCAGGCAACAAGUCCUAAACAGAACUCUUGUUCUGACCAAGCGGAUGAAGAUAGGUGGAGGCUUCCCCAACUUCAAAGCUGGAAAAGGUUGGUGGGACGGGGUCCGGCGUCGCCAUCCAGAUCUAGUUAUCAGGAAGCCGGAGAGAUUAUCCUCUACACGGGCAAGAAUGAUGAAUAGAGAAGUGAUCGGAAAAUAUUUUGUUGAUCUAGGACGUAUCAUACACGAUUUAAAUCUAACUGAUAAGCCAUCGCAGAUAUGGAACUGCGAUGAAAUGGCAAAAAACUUUGAGCACGAGCCCGUCAGAGUUGUUGCUGCCAAGGGGAUCUUUGUGUUGGUAAAACAUCCAACAAAUCUAGUAAUAUAA